CAACACCAUGCCAUUCAUUGACUUCGACUGUCCGCUGCGAUCUGGAUGUUUUAUGACUACCUACCUCAUCCUGAUGCUUGCCUCAGCUUCAAUUGAUUUUAUGACUUUAUUCUCACGUAGGAGUGCUACGUCUUGCGUGACACCCCUCGUGUUUUCUGGAACCUGGAUUACGCCGUCUGGAGCCUUGCGACAAUCGCCGACUUCUCAGCCAAGAGAGACCUAUACGCGAUGUCGCGCUUAUCUUCAUGAGGGAUGGACACUAUGGAUGGUUGGAGGGCAGCUACUAACGUCCAAGCGUUUCAAGUGAAGCACGUCGACGUUCUGCCCACUGUCAACCGACGCGCCUUCGCCGAUCGGCUCGACCGUCGUUGUCUCCAUGAACGAUGCAGAGAGCAAACAGGGUUGAGCAUCAUGGUUUAAUUGUUUAUGCCUGUCUGCAAAACCGAUGCUUCCGACUAUUAUCGGGUUCCAAGCCCCCCCGGAGAUAUCAGGGAGAUCUCCCAGACGUCCAGCUUGCUGCUUCUGCCCCCUGUCCAUGGCCAUGUUUUUGCUAACGGCUUCCAAGUCAUCACAUAUUUUGAUUGAUUCUGGGCCACCUUGCUUUUUGGUUACAUAAGGCCAAUGUGCGUUUUGAAACGGCGCCAAGUGCGUCAGUCACUGUGUGAAUCUGGGCCAUCCGGAUAUCAAACCGCUGAUUUUGGCGGGCUCUUCUACCGGACCGUUAAGGUUUUGGGCCACGAGGCGACGAGCAUUGGGAGGAGACCUGGGAGUCGUCUAAAGUUUUCUCCGUGGACAAAACCUCCGUCCAGUGAAGGGAGUUCGGGGUUGCCGGCUUGGCCACCUUUCUUUUUUCUUCCCGAGCUUUUGCCCCCUGCUGUCAAUUCUGAUUUCGACCCCGAUCGUCGCGAUCCCGGAACCCUCCCGCUUUUAACAGCAUUUGCCUGAUAUCACUUCAGUUGCGCAAUUGCUGUAUUGUUCGUAUCCGGAUGCUAUCAGAAGAUUGACCAUGACGCCCUUUACGCCGCGCGCCAAACCGGCGCCAUCCUCAUCGAUGGACGAGGUGGAACUGGUCGACGUUCCCGUUGAAGAGCGUCCGCCUCAGGACCGAACUGCGCGCAACGCCAAUCGCAUGAGCGUUCUCUCACAGGCUUCGACAACUUUGCUCAGAUGGGUACCCUGCGUCAACUUCUGGGUGGCUCUUAUCUGCGUUACGGUUGCGGCUUUCCUGAUGAUCCUCGAUACCUCCAUUCUCUCCACCGCCAUUCCAACUAUCUCAACCGAAUUCAAGAGCAUAGAGAACGUAGCUUGGUAUGCGACUGCCUUUCAGCUCGCCAAUGCCUGCGUCUUGCCUUUGACCAGCAAGAUCUACACCCGUUUCAGCACCAAAUGGACCUUCAACUUCUUCCUUCUCAUCUUCAUGGUUGGAUCCUACAUCUGCAGGGCAGCGCAAACUUCGGGUAUGCUGAUUGCAGGCCGAGCGGUCAUGGGUCUUGGAGCGGGCGGCAUCUGGAACGGCGGUCUCACAAUUAUCACCGCCAUCACCAGCCCUAGGCGCCGUGCGUCCGUCAUUGGUUGCGUCAUUGCCUUUGCUCAGAUGGGUGUUGGAGCGGGACCGCUCUUUGGAGGACUGUUGACACAACACACCAAGGAUGGAUGGCGCGCUUGCUUCAAGAUCAACCUCAGAGUCGGUAUGGUCUUAUUCUUCCCGGUCAUGUUCAUGCAGGUUCCGGAGCAGAUUGAGAAGCCUCAUCCGUGGAGGGUUCUCAGGAGGUUGCACCGCGAAUUCGACCUCCUCGGCUUUGCACUUCUGGCUCCCGCCGUUUUCCUGUUCGUCUGGGUUCUCACCACCGCCCAGCUUAGCGGGCCUUUCUCCUGGAGUAGUGGCGCAAUUCUCGGAUCGCUGUGCGGUUCUGUUCUGCUCUUCGGUGUUUGGGGAUAUUGGAACUACAGGAAGGGCGACAAUGCUCUGCUGCCAGUCACCACCAUGACAAAGCGCGUCGUUUGGGCCAGCGCCUUGACACAGUGGUUCAUCAUGACAACGGUGUACUGCAUGUCUUUUUUUCUCCCCAUCUUCUUCCAGUCGGUUCAGGGAAAGACGCCCACCAUCAGCGGUCUGGAACUGUUGCCCGGCUUUGGCGCUCAGCUGUUCUUUGGCAUCGCCGGAGGUUUCUUGGUCGAGAGAACCGGUUACAUAAUCCCCUACGCCGUCACCGCAGGCAUUCUCUGCUCCGUCAGCUGCGGUCUCAUGUCCACGAUCGACAGCGGCACCCACUUCGGCAUUAUCGCCGUUUACCAACUGAUCAACGGUGCCGGCCGCGGCUUCGGCACGCAAAUGCCCACCAUCGCCGUCCAGACAGCCAACAUGCACCCAAUCGACACCACCAUCGCCAUCACCCUGCUUAUGUUCACCCAAAUGCUCGGCACCGCCCUCGUCCUUGCCUUUGCCAACAACAUCUUCGCGCACUCCAUCACCAUGGCCCUGGAGCGCCGCUUGUCCCGCGAGGAAGUUGAGGUGCUGAUCAACAACGGCACUAUUGGCCUGAGUCCCAAGCCGGAGGACCGCGAAAAGCUGAUGAAGAUGGGAGACCUCUUGAAGUACGUCAUGCGCGCUUACCUAGAGGGCGUCCACAACGUGUUUUACCUGGCGGCCGGCUUUGGUGUGCUCGCGGUAUUGACUGCCUUCUUCCUGGGUUGGACGGAUAUCAGGAAGACGAGCAUGAAGAAGAAUUGGUUUGGAAUGUCGUCGGAUAAGGAGACGAACAAGCUUCGUAAGGGUAUGCCUGGUACGCCUGCGAGGGCAAAUACCAGUACCAGCUUUAACGACAACAAUUCCCUUGGCAACGCCAAUCAGGGCCCGAUGCCCAGUCCUCCUGCCACUGCGUCUGCAAAGGCAGAACGGAGAGCGAGCCGAACGAGUGCCACGGCUGACUUUGCCGAGUCCAACGUCAGUCCCACGCCCAGUCCUCUUGCCAAUGGGACUACAAAGGCUGAGCGAAGGUUGAGUCGAAUGAGUGCUACUGCUGGUCUGGCUUAGGGAUCGACGUCGAGAUCAUUCAGCGCCUUGUCAGAGUGGUUUCGCCGCUUACUGGUGGCGGACAUGGUUCUGAAAUCAGAGGGAGUGAACCAGAGUGCGAAUGACAAGGAGGUUUGGAGGCGAGGGGAGUUUUGUAGGGGUCCUCGCAAGAUCGAUGGAGAGUUCACGGCAUUGUCAGGGGCGUUUGGAGCGGCAAAAUUUCUUUUGUUUGACUGGCUUUGAAGGCGGACACGAUACCCAGGGUUUGCGGAUGGCUUAUCGCAUCUCGUCUUCUAUAACAGACGAGACCUGUGCUUAGCGGGCGUUAAUCAAUUGGUUGAGCUGAACCAGUCCGAUACCACUCGUCAUAGGUACGGAUGGUUAUUGCAGGAUUGUAAUAGGGAUUCUAAUUUAUAAUAGUUCGAAAACACGCCGGCUCGAGUCCCUUUGGGAUAUUCCUAUCCAGGAAAUGUGUAGAUAUGAAGUUAAAAGGC